CACACAGUCUCACAAUAGCUUCUCAGGACACUCUCACAAAUAAAGGAGAAAGGCGUCGAUUAAAAUGGAUUAAAUCGUUCACAGCUGAAGUGUAAGGGAGUAGUAACACUUCAGCUGUGAAAUGUAAUACAGACAGAAGAGGAACCAUCGGCAUUACAUCUCUUCACAGCGUCAAUCUGUGUGUGUUUUGAAGUGUGUUUGUUGACCGCACUGGGAACUCCUCCAUGAUGCCUGAGGUACGGGACCUUUCAGAUGCCCUGCCAGAGAUGCCAAUGGACCCAAUCACUGGCGUAGGAGUUGUGGCCUCAAGAAACAGAGCUCCCACCGGCUAUGAUGUGGUUGCACAAACCACAGAUGGGAUUGAUGCAGACUUGUGGAAAGACGGUCUGUUUAAAUCCAAGGUGACCCGCUAUCUGUGCUUCACCAGAGCGUUCUCCAAGGAGAAUAGUCAUUUAGGAAACGUGCUUGUAGACAUGAAGCUCAUUGACAUCAAGGACACGCUGCCUGUGGGAUUCAUUCCCAUACAGGAAACAGUGGACACACAGGAACCAGCAUUCAGGAAGAGGAGGUUAUGUAUUAAGUUCAUCCCGCGAGACUCCACUGAAGCUGCCAUAUGUGAUAUCCGUAUCUUAGGACGCUCCAAACAGGCGCCACCGCAGUAUACAUUCAUAGGAGAGCUGAAUAACAUGGGCAUCUGGUACCGUAUGGGAAAAGUGCCACGGACCCAAGACUCUUCACCCGUACAGAACAACUCCACCACCACCACCACCAACACCAACAACAUCCAUACUGUCACCAACAACUCCAACUCCACUCCAGCGCCCGUCCUGCCUAAGCACAUAUCCAUGACCCUGCCGGCCUGUUUCAGGAAAAGCACCACCAGACCAGACUUUGAACACCAGAACUCCAACCUCUAUGCCAUCUCUGCUAUGGACGGAGUGCCUUUCAUGAUCUCUGAGAAGUUUGCAUGUGCCUCCAGUGACUUACAGCAGGUGGAUCUAAUGGGCAUCAGAAUCAAAUCACUUGCAGAGAUUGAGAAAGAGUAUGAAUAUAGUUUCCGGACGGAGCACAGCGCUGCGGCCCGCCUGCCGCCCAGUCCCACCAGAACUUCACUGGGCUCGGAAGCCUAAACGCUCACGUGGUGGAGGAAACGGAGAGAGAGUUGUUUUCUGAAGACAUGACCUGAGCAGAGACUAGGGAGACUGCUGCUUUCCUUCUCAUUCAACUCUCUGAAUUGAAAUCAGAGAUCCACAAAACACAAAAUAAGGAAAAUUGUUCACUUUGUGUCCAAAAAUACCAGAAAUAUCAUUUCCUGUAGUCUAGUUUAGUUCUUCUCCAGUUAAUGCUGCUUUUUCACAAAGAUCAUAUGAGGCAGAGCGGAUCUUCAUCAUUAUUGCGAUCAAAUCAAAACCACUACAGUGUCGUAAAGGGAUGUCCAGUGCUGAAUGGAGUGGACUCGUCUUCUUUAAUUGUUGCGUUCUGACUUAUUCUGGGAUGCUGUUACUAUGGUGACUUCACGAGGGUCGAACUUUGAUGCACUCUCAAGAAUUCAAACUUGAGCCCUUUUUGGAUUCCCAGAGCCUGCGUCAACAGGUCAAGUUCAUGGAAUUGGAACAUUGUAUUUUAUUUUACUCCAUUUGUCUCUCUUUUGCUUUGCUCUGAGGUUUUGUUUAGAUCACAGCAACUGCAUGACUUCUUUGUUUCUGGGAUUUUAGUCGUUUGGAAUUGGAGCCCAGUCCACUGCACUGUUACAGGAGACAUUUGAAUAUUUUUGUGUGUUUGUCUAGAAAACAAAAAGAGAUUUGAGCAAAAACUGUGACACUGCAACUGUGCACGAAACCUUGUGUAUAUAUAGACAGGCGAUGAAUCAGGAAUGCGAUGUUUUAGAAUUGUGUGCUAUUUGUUUUACCUUUUUAUCUUUGUAACUUCCUUCCUGAAAUGAGCAAUUAUUCUGAUCACCAGUGACAUUUUACUCAUUUUCUUCCUCUUGUCAUGUUUGAUGGUGCUCCAGCUCUUUGGAUAUCGCCUUUGCCAGUCCAGUUGUGGCUUCUACAGUCCAUGGUGAAUUGUUUUAUUUUUUAUGAAUAUGAAUAUUUGCUUAUUCUUAUUUCACCUCAAAAUCAAAAGAAAAAAAUUAUAUUUUGUAUUUUGCAUAAAUAAAAUGGAGUCUAUUUUUAGGACCAUUAAGAUUUGUUUGCAUUGUAACAUUGUUUUAAUGACGACUAAGCAAAUUUCCCCACAAUUUAAUGUAAUGCAAAAUAUUCUCAUCAUUAUGUAACACUUUACAAUAAGGUUCCAUUUGUUACCAUUAGUUAACAACAUUAGUUAACAUAAACUAACAAUGAACAAUACUUUUACAGCAUUUAUUAAUCUUAGUUAAUGUUAAUUUCAACAUAUACAUUUUUUAAAUCAAAAGUUGUAUUUGUUAACAUCAGUUAAUUCACUAUGAACUAACAAUGAACUAACAAUGAACAACUGUAUUUUAUUAACCAACAUUAACAAAGAUGAAUAAAUGCUGUAAAUUGUUAAUUGUUUGUUCAUGAUAUCUUACACAUUAACUAAUGUUAUUGUAAACCUUAUUAACCUUAUUGUAAAGCGUUACCGAAACAAUUUUAAUCACAAAAAACUGUAGUGCAAAAUAAUAAUAAUAGUAAUAAUAAUAAUGUCAUUAUUUUUAACGUAAUACAGAAAAUCAUACUGGACAUAUAACAGAAGCAGUAUAACAAAUAUUUCCAUGAUAUAUAAAAAUACUUUUACCAAUUAAAGGGAUAGUUCACCCAAAAUUGAAAAUUCUCUCAUCAUUUACUCGCCCUCAUGCCAUCCCAGAUGUGAAUGACUUUCUUUCUUCUGCAGAACACAAAUGAAGAUUUUUAGAAAACAUAUUUCAGCUCUGGAGGUCUAUACAAUGCAAGCGAAUGGUGGCCAGAACAUUGAAGCUCCAAAAAGCACAUAAGGGCAGCAUAAAAUUAAUCCAUCUGACUCCAGUGGUAUAAUCCAUGUCUUCAGAAGUUAUAUGAUAGGUGUGGGUGAAAAACAGAUCAAUAUUUAAGUAUCUUUUUUUACUGUAAAUCUUUACUUUCACUUUCAAAAUGUAAAAGAAUGUGCAUUGUAUGUACAUUCACUUGCAUUGUAUGGACCUACAGAGCUGAGAUAUUCUUCUAAAAAUCUUCAUUUAUGUUCUGCAGAAGAAAGAAAGUCAUACACAUCUGGGAUGGCAUGAGGGUGAGUAAAUGGUGAGAGAAUUUUAAUUUUUGGGUGAAUUAUUCCUUUAAUCAUUUCUUUAGCAUAACAGUAAUGAGCAGUUGAGGGAAAAUGAGCUUAACUGUCAUGAAAAUAAUGUCACGAAAAGUAUAAUUUGCAAUUUAAAAAAAAUGAUCACUUCUUAUUUAUUUCUUUAGAUUUUUCGGUGUACUAUGACCCAGACAUUUCUUGAAAGUUUUCAAAGCUGUUCAUUCUUCAGUUGUUAUAAACCAUACGCAGUCCAGAAGCAGCUCACACAGUGAAGUUUUGAGUCGCCGUUGCUCACGUUAUUUGCGCCUUGUACCUGUGGCACCGCUCUUUAUAUAUGAUGGAAGUACAGUGUUAUUUUUUCAGGCAUUUCCUCAGAAUGCCCCACGGAAAUGGCCAUCUCAGGGGAAAGUGUUCAGCUUGGAAACACCAAGUGACUUUAUAUGCCAGUCCUUUCAGAUGGUUAGACACCUUCACUGUGAGACUUUAUUCAAACCCUCAGAUGGAUUAAAGCUUUCUUAAGUCGCUGUUGGUUAUGAUAUUCAAACAGCUACAGUUGUUAUGCAUUCUAACCACUAAAUUGACACGGAGAAGAUAGAUAACAUGCUCUCCAUAUGCGAAACUAACCUUAAAUCUAACUCUUUAUACAUUUUACAUGUCUGGCAGUAGAUACGUUGAGACCUUUAAAAACAAUUUCUCAGAUAUCAGUCAAGCCGGUUCUUGGAUUACAAUAUGCAAGCAGGUUUUUCUUCCUAUCGAAUAUCACGUUGAUUUGAAUAAUAGUUUUAAUCCAUUUGGGAAAACCCAUCCCAGGUUUAUAGAUCUAAAUAAGCUGAAAACUUAUUUCUGUUGAAUUUAAUGUCCAAAUGAUGUAAUCCAUUCACAAACUCCACUUUGCAAACAAAUUUGAGAAAGCGAACAAGGAACUAUCUAGAUCACAGUCGGUUUUUAUUUGUUACAGUAAUCUUUCUAUGUUAAUAUAGACUGAUUUCUUCAUGGCCAUUUCAGUCCUUUUUAUUAUUAUUAUUAUUAUUAUUAAAUACUCAGUACUUCAAAGGCCCAAUAAGAAUGCAUGCAGCGUUAUGUGUUUUUGUUUUUUCAAUAUUACAAUUUGAAGUGUUAUUCCAUAGUACUCUUUCAUUUAAUUAUUUAAUGAUUUUAUAUAAAGACUAAUUUAAAUGUUUAGGAGUGUAGCUAGUUUGUUGCCCCCAGAUUUUUUACAUUUUACAUUUUACAUUUAACAUUCGAUACAGUUUUGAGUGUUUUCCAUGUUGGUCACACAAACAAUGUGGUUAAAGCUGUUUAUUUACUGCACUAUGUAAAUGAAUAAACUCCUUCGCAAUUUUAUAAACUGUAAAUGUGUAUCAUCCAGUUAGGUGAACCUGCUGUGUGUUUGUCAUUGCAAUGUCAACUGAAUUUCUUUCUUGUAUAAAUGUGAAUGCCAGUGUUGACUGCUGGAGUUUUGUGCUCUGUUAUUCUAUACAAUCACUAUAAACUCUUCAUGCAUUUCCACUCAAUAGAGAAACAAGGGAGGUUUGCUGUACACUGGCAUAUGUUAAUAUUUGCUGAAAUUAUCAAAAGAUUCUCCAAAACAGAUAUACAACAAACAGUUUGACUUUGCUGUGAACAAUAGGGUUGAGUAGGGUCAAAUGUGCCUCUUUUUGCUUAAUUGGUCAUCUAGGCAACACAAAUUGAGAUAGAUCUAAUAUGCCAAAUUGUAUUUUAGAAUGUCUUAUAUCAACUACAAUUGUAAGCAAGCAUCUACAAUUCAGGGCCAUAGAAAUAUGGCUUUUUUUCAAAUGUAGAUGCCAAUAUUAAGCAUAUGAUGGGCACUUCCAAAAUAUAGUGUUUCAUGAGCACAAACGAUGAACAAAAGAAUGUUUCCUAAAUUUAAGAGCUAGCAAAACUUGCCCACUGGCACAUCUUACCCCCACUCUCCCCUGUAAUGCAUAUUUACUGGAUCUUUGCUUCUGUUUUGGGUUCAUAAGCUCUUUGAGUUUCCUGUGGCCCUUUAUUUAGAUGCAGCAUGCGCACAAAACCACAGAGACACUUUUAAGACAUCAGGCAUAAAACCCCCUCAGUGCUGCAGAUGGUUCAGAACUUUUUAAAGGAUUGAGAAAUUGAACAAUAAACACAGCAAAGCAUG